AUGGACGGAAGCAUGCCAGAGAUGAACGGUUGAGACGCCACAAAACGAAUUACUUUGCUACACAAAUCAAAAGUAAUAACAAACUUGCCUGUAGUUAUUGGGUAUACUGCUUUUACUUCAGAAGCUGAUUUAGCUCUUUGUUUGGAGUCUGGGAUGAAAGAAUGUCUGAUUAAGCCAGGAAACCCAAAAAGUCUUCUAGAUGUAAUCCAUCGAUAUCUAUUAAUGUAA